AUGGAGUACUUUGACAUGGAGUAUCGUGUUCUCGACAUCACCGUUAUCUCUGCAGGAGGCCUCAAGAACGUGAAUGUGAUGUCGGAUAUGGACGUUUACGUGGUGGCUUCAAUCUCCGGCGACCGGAGAACUGAGAGGAGGACUCUCACGUCGGACAGGGGUGGCGGAAGCUGCCCGGAGUGGAACCACCGCAUGAAGUUCUCGGUGGCUGAGGACGACGUGGCCACGCCCAGCGAGCACUUUGUCCGGUUCGAUCUCCGGUCCAAGCGCAAUAUUCUUGGCGACAGAGACAUCGGCUAUGUCUCCAUCCGCCUCCAUGAACUCCUCGAAAAACUCAAAAAAGCAGGAGGAGGCGCCGGAGGAGGGGAGCGUGUCGCGGAGCACAAGGUCUUUGAUACAACCGGGAAAAGUACGGACGGUAGGCUGAAGUUUUCGUAUAGGUUUGAUGAGGUGUUCAGUGCGCCACCGCCGCAGAGAUUUAAUGAGCCGGGGAAGCCCUGUGCGGCUCCUCCAGGGGUGGCGCCGCCACAUCUUCCAGCUAAGGUGUACCUGUUCUCGGCAGAGACGGAUGCCAUAAAGUAUGGAGUUGAACAGAUGCAGAAGAAGAAUAAGCAUUUUCUCUGUUUGGGUUUGUCCCGAUGA